AUGCCAGGCAUAUUCUGCGAGGUCAAGGACAAGGAGACGGUGUGCUACGAGGGCGGCUGGAAGUGCGAGCUGGUGGAGCUCCAGUGGUCGCAGAGAGGCGGCAGGGUGAAGGAGGCGUGGCAGUGGGCGGAGGUGGAGAAGGACCACAACCGGAGCUGGACGGAGUGGAAGCCAGCGGCCAACGCUUCCAGCAGCGACGGCGAGAAAGCGCUUAGCUCUGAGGGGGACGGCGAGCUGCGGCUGGAGGUCUCGCCGCGCGCGCACGGCAGCCCGCGCGAGGCGCGGGGCGUCCGGCUCGAGGGCGCAGCCACGGCGCCCGUGGGGCCCCUGGGGAGGCUGCUGUACCGGGAAGGAGUCCCGUCCGAGAAGGUGGAUGGCCUCGCCUUCGACCCCCACUUCGUCCACCGCGUGCAGACCGCGCCACCGGCGCGGCGGACCCUGGGCUCCGCCCUGCUGCCCACCGCGGCGGAGCGCCACGGCACCGCUCCCGCCGCCUCGCGGGCCUCGCGCGCCUCGCUGUCCGCGCACCUGGAAGGCCUGCGGGUCGAGGGCAGCGGCUAUUCGGACAGCGGCCGCAGCACCCGCUCGCAGAGCAUGUUCGCCAUCGCGCCGGGCGGCGACGGAACGGGUCUCCCCGCGUCCAGGGUGCGCCUGUCGCAGAGCCACAGCCCGCGCUACGAGGCGGCGCCGCACAGCCUGGCGGACCGAGGCCCCCCGUCUGUGGCGCACCCGGGGCACGGGGAAGUCGACGACUGUCGAGACGCUGCAGUGCGGCCCGCGUUGGGCUUCGAGGGGCUAGGCCGCGCCGCGGCGGCCGGCGCCGGCGGCGCGGGGCCGGGCGCGGGCGAGGGCCAGCCAGCGCCCGCAGGCGUUGACCAUGGGGCUGGCCGGCGUCGCAGCGCACAAGGCAGCGGCUGGGACCAGCUCGCCGGGGCGCCAGCAGGGCAGCGCGCGCAGCCCACGGCAGCGGAGCAGCACGGGCAGGGCCUCGUCGGCGCGGGGCCCGGCCCAGGGCUGCCGCUGGGCGGGGCGCAGGCGUCGGCGGCGGCUGCUGGGCUGCGGGACCCUCAGGACGCGCCGGGGAGGGUGCCGCUGGCCGCCAUCGCCCAGCAGCUGCCCGACGAGGACGCCGCGGCCCUGCAGGGCAUCGUCAGGGGGCUGGAGAGCAGCGCGCAGGACGGCACGGUGUCGGCAGCAGAGGUGUGGCGGGGGAUGCUGGAGCAGGGCAUGAAGGUGCCCGAGCACCUGGAGGACUUCCUGAGGGCGGCGGAAGAGCAGCAGGCCUCGUCGGCCCCGCCAGGGCGUGAGCAGCUUGAGGGCCCCCCGCAGCAGCCGCAGGGCCAGCAGGGGGGCCUGCAGGGGCACCCCGGGCAGCCACAGCCGCAGCCGCAGCAGGGGCAGCCGCCGCAGCCGGCGGGGAAUCACCAGCAGAGCGCGUCGGUGCAGCAGCAGCAGCAGCAGCAGCAGCAGCAGCCGCAGCCGCAGCAGCCGCAGCAGCAGCAGCCGCAGCAUCAGCAGCAGCAGCAGCCGCAGCAGCCGCAACAGCAGCAGCAGCAGCAGCAGCAGCAGCAGCAGCCGCAGCAGCAGCAGCAGCAGCAGCAGCAGCAGCAGCAGCAGCCGCAGCCGCCGCCGCAGCAGCAGCAGCAGCCGCCGCAGCAGCAGCAGCCGCAGCAGCAGCAGCAGCAGCAGCAGCCGCAGCAGCAGCAGCAGCAGCAGCAGCAGCAGCAGCAGCAGCAGCCGCAGCAGCCGCCGCAGCAGCAGCAGCAGCAGCAGCCGCAAGGGGAGCAGCGGAUGCAGCAGCAGCAGGAGCAGCAGCAUGGCCAUGAGCAGCAGCCGGAGCAGCAGAGUGCGCCGCUGCAGCGGCAGGGGCCAGGGCAGGGGCAGCCCCAGCGGCAGGCGCAGCUGCAGCAGGACCAGCAGCAGAGCUUCCGGCGCCUUGCUGCUGAGCCUGGCGAGGGCAGCCCCAGCCGCGAGGUGUACUGGCAGGAGGGUGGUCUGCAGCAGGGGCAGAUCCCGGAGCGCCGCCCGGAGCCGCUGCCGCAGUCCCCGCAGGUGCUGCAGACUGUCGUGCCUACGGGCGUCGAGCCGGGGCAGCUGAUCCAGCUGCAGACGCCGGACGGCCAGCUGCUGCAGGUGGCGGUGCCCCCCGGCACAGCGCCCGGCGCUACGCUGCAGAUCCAGUACACGCCCGUGGUGCAGGCGGCACCGGCGGCGGCGGCCGGCGAGGACCCGCGCGCCGGGAGGCCGCGGCGGAGCCCGGAGCGCCGCGGCCGGGAGCCGUCAGCGGCCUCGCC